AUGUUAUCUCCACUCACCCCAGUCUCUCCAAAGAGUGAUAACCCGUCAGUGAUAGGCACAGAUACUUCUUCUACAAAUACACUUGACUUAUUCGAUGAAAACAACCCUCAGCUUGAACAUGAUUUGAUUCGUAUUAUUUUACAGUAUUUAUCAUCACACGGAUAUACUACAUCUGCUGUGGUUUUGCAAGAAGAAUCAGGUUUGUUUACGGGCGAUAACACAAACCGCUAUCCGAUUAUCCAAAAAAUAACAAAAGAUGUCAUUGCAGGAGAAUGGGACGCUGUAGAGUCUGCUUUACGUGAAUACUGCCGUCCAGACCGUCUUGAGAAACUCCUCUAUUUCAUUUACAAACAAGAAUAUCUCGAGUUCAUCUCGCGGAACGAGAACCAGAAAGGUCUUCACUUUCUCUUCAAGUACAUCAAACCCCUCGAGUCCGUCUGCGAAUCUCUGCACGCCGGCGAGUUCAAGGAGCUCUGCUACCUCCUCUCCCUCAAAAGCGUUCGCAGCUCCCCCUACUUCGAGCACUGGCCGGGCAUCCAAAAGUCCCGGGAAAUCCUCGCCGCCACGCUCUCGCGCGAGUUCUACGACGAGAGCGUGAUCCUCGAAAAACCCGUCCCUCCCAACCGUCUCAUCACGCUUCUCAAGCAGGCCUACAGCUACCAGAUCUCGCAGACGUUCCCCAACACGCCUCACUCCAUGCGGUUCGUCUCGCUUCUCGAAGAUAUCAACGGCUAUCCGCUGCCCUCCUUCCUCGUCGACUCGCAGCAGCACGUCGAAGGCCCCGUCAAGGGCGUCGUCGCGCUCUGCGAGUCCUCCGUCGCCUUCUCCGCGCGCAACUCGCUCUACCUCUGGAAUCGUGAGGACGCGACGAGCGCUCUGAAGCACAUCGGCAGCCACAACGGACUCAUCUGGGACCUCCAAGUCAACCCCCUCACCCAGGAAGUCGUCACUGCCGGCAGCGACGGACUCGUCAAGAUCUGGAGUCCAGCGAAGGCCUCGUCGCCCGUCGAGCUCUCGGUGAGCCAGAACGACGUCUACGCGGUGUCGACGCAUCCGCUCUCGUCUCAGCUCAUCGCCGCGGGUUGUUUUGAUGGCUCCGUGCAGCUUUUCGACGCCGAGCAGCGCUCUUGUCUCAAGGUACUCGCGCUCCCAUCGCUCUGA